AGCGGGUCCAUGGAGCACAACCACCUCCACCUCCACAACGGCUCGCUCCUGGCGCACCACCGCUAUGGCUGCGGCUUGGGAUACGCACCUGUGGUCUACUACAGCCUGCUGCUCUGUCUCGGGCUGCCGGCAAACAUCUUGACAGUCAUCAUCCUCUCCCAGCUUGUAGCUCGCAGGCAGAAGUCCUCCUAUAAUUACCUUCUAGCUCUAGCUGCUGCUGACAUCCUGGUUCUCUUCUUCAUCGUCUUUGUUGACUUCCUCAUGGAAGACUUCAUCUUAAACAAACAGAUGCCUCAGGUACUGGACAAAAUAAUCGAGGUUUUGGAGUUUUCUUCCAUCCACACGUCGAUUUGGAUCACGGUCCCGCUGACCAUCGACCGCUACAUCGCCGUGUGCCACCCCCUCAGGUACCACACGGUCUCCUACCCCGCCCGCACCCGCAAGGUCAUCGUCAGCGUCUACAUCACCUGCUUUCUCACCAGCAUCCCCUACUACUGGUGGCCCAACAUCUGGAUUGAGGACUACAUCAGCACGUCCAUGCACCACGUCCUCAUCUGGGUGCACUGCUUCACUGUGUACCUGGUGCCCUGCUCCAUCUUCUUCAUCCUGAACUCCAUCAUCGUGUACAAGCUGCGGCGGAAGAGCAAUUUCCGCCUGCGAGGGUACUCCACGGGGAAAACAACAGCCAUUUUAUUUACUAUAACUUCUAUUUUUGCCAUACUGUGGGCACCAAGAAUAAUCAUGAUAUUGUAUCACCUCUAUGUGUCUCCUAUAAACAACAGCUGGCUGGUCCAUAUUGUGUCGGACAUCGCCAAUAUGCUGGCGCUGCUGAACACUGCAAUUAAUUUCUUCCUCUACUGUUUUAUUAGCAAAAGAUUUCGCACAAUGGCAGCUGCCACCUUGAAAGCCUUCUUUAAGUGUCAGAAGCAACCUGUGCAAUUCUAUACAAACCAUAACUUUUCCAUAACAAGCAGCCCUUGGAUUUCCCCGGCCAACUCUCACUGCAUCAAAAUGCUUGUUUACCAGUAUGAUAAGAAUGGGAAGCCUAUAAAAAUAUCACCAUGAAAAGGCCAAUAGUUGGAGUUUCCGGGUGCAAGUUCCUUUCAAGUGGUUACAUCUUCAGGAUGUAAUUUUCUGAAAUGGCUGUUUUGAAGAGAGGUCAUUUGAUUUCAUUUCCCUGGGUGGCCAGGGGCAGAUCAGACUGUCGGGAGGAAACAGGAGCACUUGAAUUUAGGAGCAAAAGUGAGAAGGCAAACACCUCCAUCUCUUAUACAGCAUUUUGAAUGUGCUUCAGAGUUCAAGUCUUAGUGUUCAGUCACACUCUAA